AUGUCGCGGCAACACGACUGGUGCGACGAGCACAGCCACGGCGCGCGCGCCAAGCAGCCCCCCAGCGCGCCUCCCGCGCCGUUCUUCGCGCUGAGCGACCUGUGGGACGCGUUGGAGGAGUGCAGCGCGUACAGCGCCGCCGUGCCGCUGCACCUACCCCCCACGGGCGCGCCCGCCACGCAGCACUACGCGCCCUCCAUCUCCGGGCUGCAGCUCUUCUCCCGCCUCCCUGCGGGCCCCCCCGCGGGCCUCCCCGCGCCCAGGGGGGCCCCUGCGCCCGCGGCCCCCCCCGCCCGCGCCUGCACGCGCGCAGCCCGCUGGAGCAACCCAGCCUAG